AUGGCCAAUGGGGUCGUAGACGCCGCGCUGUUCUGCACCUCGGCAUUGACGACGGCGCACGCUAUUCCACCCUUUAAAUCGUACUCGCACAUCGUUUCUCAGACCUCGGCGUCGCAACUGCCAGCGCUGCUCACCAUGUCCUACUCACAGCAACGCCUAAUCCCGAUCCUGCUCGCCACCUUCGUCGGUGUUGCGUCAGGCGUAUACAUCUUCGACGCACCACUUAAGCAGUACAAGUCUGACACGGACGGUACAUUCGAUCCCGCUAAGCGAGGCGCGCUGUCCUCGCUCACUGCGCCCCGCUCGAGCGACAGCCAGAUCCAGCAGCCCAUUGCUGAAGAGCGUGUCGCACCGAUAACCAAGGAGGUCCGUAACUAG